AUGACAUGGGGGCGUUGCUCUGAGUCACCGGCACUAGCUGCUCAACGUAUCACAUCCACUCCCAGGUCCGGAUCAACUACACCAACACUAUCACCCACAGGACACAGACGUAACGAUGAAGGCCCAGAGCUCACGCUAGUAGGAUGGAUGACAUUGGUCACAGCUAACCGUGAGGAUAAGCCGGACGAUGUUGUGCCUACUCAGUUGGAGACUGGUAAGGAAUUGUGGGCUACGGUGGCUCGAAGGGCCAAUGUUGACGUCAUUCCCUCUGUGGUGCCUCAGCGACUGAGGGCCAAGAAUAUGCCAGCGACAAAAAACGAAGAGGGCUCUCGGGAAGUUUGCCCGAAUCAGGCCGAGGGCGAUCACAUGUCCACGCCGAAUAUCCAGGCGCACUCAUGCACCAUACAAUCCCCAAACUGCAUAGAGACGGUAGUAGGUGCCUACAGAGAAUCACUCUCUGAUGAGGAGGAGGAUGGCCAACUGUGCGACUAUCUGACCAGGGAGGGACUAUGGAAAUCUGGAUGUCCCGGUGCUCAGGCAAGCAGCAGAGGCAAUCAAGUGGACAACGGAUGGCCUCCAUACCGUGGAGCUGGAAUGACAGUUAUUCAAAGACAGCAUCACCCGGCUCACGGACGUUCUCGAUCCCCUAAGAAGGGUUAG